GGGCGGAUCGGGCAGAUCGCAGUGAGCGCCCCCAACGUGGUCGGGGCCGGAGCCGCGGCGUCCUCCACCCGCACGGCGAUCGCACCUCGGACGAGCAUGGGCGCGCGCACCUCGGCGUGGCUGGCGAGCCGGGCCGCGCUCCUGCUGCUGCUCCUGCUGCUGGGGCUGCUGGCUCCUGGCGCGCAGGGCGCGCGGGGCCGCGGCGGCACGGAGAAGAACAGCUACCGCCGCGCCGCCAACACCUUCUCGCAGAGCGUCGGCAGCCUGUUCGGCGAGGACAACGUGCGCGCCGCCCAGAAGAUCCUGACCAGGCUGACUGAGAGGUUCGUGCUGGGCGUGGAUCUGUUCUUGGAGGCAGUGUGGAAGGUGUGGACAGAGCUCCUGGACGUCCUUGGCCUUGAUGUCUCCAACCUGUUGCAGUACUUGAGCCCCGCCUCCGUGUCCAGCAGCCCGGCCCGGGCCCUGCUGCUGGUUGGUGUGGUCCUCGUGGCCUACUGGUUCCUGUCCCUGACCUUGGGCUUCACCUUUGGCGUCCUGCACCUGGUGUUCGGCCGCUUCUUCUGGCUCGUGCGGGUCGUGCUGUUCUCCAUGUCGUGCAUGUACAUCCUGCACAAGUACGAGGGUGAGCCCGAGAGAGCCGUGCUGCCCCUGUGCCUGGUGGUCGCCAUCUACUUCAUGACGGGGCCCAUGGGCUUCUACUGGCGCAGUAGCAGCCCUGGCACAACCGGAGGCCCCAGCGUGGAGGAGAAACUCGAGCACCUGGAGAACCAGCUCCGGCUGCUCAACAUCCGCCUCAACAGGGUGCUGGAGACCUUCGACCGCCCCAAGGACAAAUGAAGGUCAGCCAGCCGGCUGGAUCCGCCCGCACCAACACGUGCGCCCAGGAAGCAGAAGAGAAGGAAGAAACCGGCAACGCCAAACCCCAAGCGAUCUUAAUAAACGGCAACAGCCGGCCGGGCGCCUGGUGGGGCAGUUCCAGUCGUGCGCGAACCGCAGGACCCAGGGACCCCUCGACGGUCGUGCCGCGCCGCGCCGCCAGGGGGCGCAGGGGAGAGUUUUUUUUAAGAACCACAGGAGUUGUACAGUGGGAGAAAUUUACCUGUGCAUAGAACAUACAGUUAAUUUUCAAACAUUUUAAAUACAUCUUUUGUAGAGUUUUUAAAUAAGGCAGACGGGAUAGAGUUUAUUAGAAUUUUCCUUCGAAAGUGACUGGACGUUCUUAGGAAAGCGUAGGAGAGGGCGGGCCAGGUGUGUGUGUGGCCUUCAUGCCCAAGCUGGGCGCUGUUUUGGGUUGCCUUGGUCUGGCAGUGACUUAGUGAAUGUUGUCACUUCUAAAUGGGGACAGGUGGUACUGGCCAUAGUGGUGUACCCCAGUGAUCCCAGCACCUGGGAAGCUGAGGCAGGAGGAUCGCCGUGAGUUCAAGGUCAGCCUGAAUGACAGAGCAAGACCCUGUCUCAAAAAACAAAAGUAAAACAGGGUGGAGAGCCGGGCUUUGGGACACACCCUGGUCUCUUGGAUCCUAGCCCCAUCCACUGUAUUUCUACGCACUCCAACAUAUCUUUUCCUCUGCAGAUUGAUGUAGGUUUUUCAUUUUGCCAUACUGGGGAUUGAACCCAGAGCCUUCACACUGAGAUCCAUCCCCAGCCCUUUCUUUUUGGUACCGGCGAUCCAACUUUGGACCUUGCACUUGCGAGGCAGCCCAACCCUUUUUAUUUCUAGUAUGAGGCAGUCUUACUAAAUUGCCCAGGUUGGGCUUGCCUUAGAUCCUCCUGCCUCAGCCUCUGAAGUGCUGGGAUUGCAGGUGUGGGCCAUCUCGACCAGCUGUUGUUUUCAUUGUUAGUUGGCUCAGGACCAUAAAGGAAAAUAAGCAGUCACAGCUGAUCCCAGAGGGCAGCACCCAGAGGGUGCUUCUGAGGCUUAUUUUUAAGGUGUGCUCGGGAGACUCCAACAAAUGCUUUCUGGAUUGGCCCCAGUCGUUUCUAUAUUAUAAAUGAAUCUUUUA